GCAGCCCUGUGUGUUUACAGUAGCGGCGUCGAGAAACAAACGAGAGGAAAACCCUGUGUGAUUCUUUGUAUUUUCUGUGCAAAAUGUCUUGUAAUUAUGCCGAAGGCUUGAGCAAGUACGAGAACAAGGGCAAAUUGGGCCUUCCCGAGAGGUUUGACGCGCCAGAGGAGGUGGAGAGAAAAGUGCAGAUCUUAGCGGAAAUGGUGAAGGAAUCAAAACACACAGUUUUCCACACUGGAGCAGGUAUUAGUACCUCAGCAGGGAUACCAGAUUUCAGGGGUCCAAAAGGAGUAUGGACAUUAGAGAAACAAGGACUUAAACCCGACAUCAACAUUUCAUGGGACGAUGCCAGACCUACUCUCACUCACAUGGCUAUCCUGUCCCUAGAAAGACAAGGAUUUGUACAAUAUGUAAUCACUCAGAACAUAGAUGGACUACACCUGAGGUCAGGACUACCUCGGCAAAAAUUAUCAAAAAUUCAGGGUCUUGUUGUCAGUGCUGCGGAUCUCAGCAUCUGUCUGGGAACAACCUUGCAAAUUGUACCAAGUGGAAACCUGCCAGUUGAUACAAAGAAAAGAGGAGGGAAGCUUGUUAUAUGCAAUCUGCAACCAACCAAACAGGAUCGUUAUGCUGAUCUCAUUAUCAAUACCUAUGUAGACAACGUCAUGAAGAGACUCCUUGAGCUCAUGGACGUAAAGUUGUUGGAUUAUAACCCAGACGACGACCCUAUGAAAAUAACACAGGGAAUGUUAAUAGAGCACAGAAAAUUAAGAGAAAAUUCCAAUGCGUUAGGGUUACAGACAGACGAUUUUGAGCCUAUAGAAUGGACCAUACCAGAGGAAUGGGUAAAAGAUAAAGUCCUUGAAGAAAAAGUGAAAAGUAAAAAGGUUAUCAGAAACAAGAGAACCUCGAAGCCUGGUGACGUGAGUGUGAAUGACGUCAAGAAAAGAAAAUCUAGUCUGGAUGGGGAAGUGCAGGUGGUCAGCCAUAGUAAGUCUGAAGGUGUGAAAGAGGAAUGCAAAGAGGAUAGUGAAGAUGUUAGAACAAAGAAUGAUAUUAAAGAGAAAGAAGAAGUGGGUAAGGAAGAGGUUGAUGAAAGUAGAACAAAGGCCGACCAUGAGAAUGGUAACAAAAUUAUCGAAAAAUUGGAUAUGAAAUGUGAAGUGAAUGAGAUUGAGGGCAAGUGCAAGGUAGAGUGUGAUGCCAGAGAGUUGCAUUCUAAUGGGGAGUUUGUGUUGAGGCCUGAGUCAGAUUGCGAAGUAAAGAGUGAAAUGAAUGAAGAGGACACAGCAUCUGUUGUUAAUGCCACAGUUGUUGGUGGGAGAGUAACAGACGUGGUAGAAGUGAAGGAGGAGAUGAAAGGACCGAAUUUGGGAAUCUCAGGGAAUGAAGAUAAGUUAGGUGAUGGCAACUGCUGUUUUUAGUCCAGGGGCUCAUGCAGUACUGUAGAAGGGGCGUGUUUAGAGUACACAAGUUUUUACCAGUAUGUAAAUGUGAAUAUGAUAAGGCAUUUUGCACAGCAAACUUGAGCUAAGUGAGUUUGUUUUGUUUAUUUGUAAAAUGUUUUUAAGAAGUGUGAUUUAGAUACAGAAAAUUGAUUUUAAAUAAUUUUUAAAAAGUUGUUAUACAUCUGCUAUAAAGAAACAUAUAUAUAUAUAUAGUGUAGGGUAAGUAGAUAUGUAAAGUGAGAUAGAACUUUUGAAUCCAGCUUUAUGUUAUGCCUCCAAAUCCUUUGUAAAGAAGGCAUGAUAACAUUUUGGAAGUAAGAAUAGUUUUGUACAUCUUGAUAUUUCUGUACAGGGUGCAUCAGGAAGAUCUGUACUGUGCAUUGUUUCUUGGACAUUGAAGAACAAAAUUAUUUAGAAAAGGAGACACUGUAUUGCUGGAUUUUAUUGAGCAAGUGACUAAGUCUGAAUGGAUAAUUUUAGCAUUGUAUAGUAAUGUGUAAGACUGAUCUGUUUUUAAACUUUGUAGAAAACAUUUUCAAGUGUGAUUUUGAACCUUUUCGAAAGAUAGGGCCAAGGUGAUGAGCAAAGACAGUUCAGGGGUCGUGUAGAUGUGUAGUCUGGCGAAGAGGAUGGACACCAGUGGCUAUGGUUAUUUUGUUUAUGUGUACCAUAUCCUUUAUUUCUAAAGAUUUACAUUGAUAGGUAUUUUGUUAUUUGUGUCUCAUGUCUCAAAUGAAAUGGUAAAGUUAAUACCACAGACAAGUUUUUCUAGAGAGCAUACAAGUUAUAUACACCCUAAACUGGUAAAGACUGAAGGAGGAAUUAAUUAUAUCUUUUUACUUUAUAUAGAAAAGAAUGUGCAGAUAAUUUAUUUCUUAUAGUCAAAAGUAAACAGGCACUUUUGAGUUUGAAGUUGGUUAAUGUUCAAGGCUUAAGUUGAUGUUAGUUUUAGCUGUUGUAUAUACUGUACAGUAUGUGCGAGCAGAAGCAGUACCUGUUGAUUUUAAUCAGCUAGAAUGAUUUAUAUAGCUGAAUAAAGCUAUAUUAGAAAUAGAAACAUGUUUCUAAUGUUAUCUAUAUGUUAUUUUGUUCUGGCUGUUUAACACAAGACUGGACAGGAUUCUAAUAACAACCUUAAUUUUUAAUAGUUUGCUAAAAAGAAAAUGGUUUUUUACCAAAAAAGUAAUUUUUAUUUCUAAAUGUUACAAUUUCGUCCUGCCUAUGAACAUUGGGAAAGCAGCAAAUUUACCUACAAAUCUAU